UUGCGCUGCUUGGUCUUAAAUAGAGAUUGCAUCCUGGGAUACCGGGAUCCCGAAAAUAAAUUGGCUCAGUUCAAGAUAGAACUUGAUGCAGACAUCGUUGAUGUGACAAGUGAUGGAGCUAGUGUCAUGAAAAAGCUGGGAAAAUUGAUUAGCGCUGAACAACAACUUUGUUUCGCACACGCAAUCCACUUGGCGGUUCUUGAUGUAAUGUACAAGAAGAAGUCCAAACAACCCGAAGAAAGGAACGUCAGUGAGGACAACAAUGAGGACAACAGUGCGGACAACAAUGAGGACAACAAUGAGGACAACAGUGCGGACAACAAUGAGGACAACAAUGAGGACAACAGUGCGGACAACAAUGAGGACAACAGUGCGGACAACAGCGAGAACGAGAGCGAUUACGAGAGAGAACGAAGACGGUGGUGUAGUGAUCGACGAGGAAGAAGACGAGGAAACCAAUUUAAGUUGCAGUGA